AUGGCCAUUCGCCUGAUCACAAGGCCUCGGAGAGGCGGUUUGCCAGCCCGACUGACGGAAGGCUGGAAGAUUUGGAAGCUGCCGUGCGGUCCCUUCAGCACUCCUUUGAGGAUGUUGGGCACUGAGUCUGAGCCUGGACCGAAGCGACGCCGUCAGGACAAACUCCGGGUCGGCCUCGUGGGCCUCGGUUCCAUCGGCACGAUCGUCGCUGAGGCCCUGACUGGUCCGCGCCAGUCGCUGCCCGGAGCGGCCUUAGCAGCUGUGCUCACUCAAAGGCUGCGUGACGCUCGUCCACCAGAAGUGGGGUCUCAGGCGCUGCUGACGACAGACGUGGAGGCAUUCCUCGGCUCUGACUGGUCUCUAUGCGUUGAGGCCGCUGGCCAGCCUUGGGUUCGAGAGAACGGCAGACGAGUACUAGCCGAGGGCCGGGACCUCUUGGUGACCUCCGUGGGCGUCUUCACAGAGGAUGCGCUGCUGGAGGACUUUACCUCCACGGCUGCAAAGUCCGGAUCGCGGCUGCUGCUGCCCGCUGGCGCAAUGCCAGGCAUGGAUUGGAUGUCCAGCGCAGCACUGGACGAGGUGGACGAGGUGACCAUCGAGCAGCGGAAGCGACCAGAGGGCUGGCGUGGCACCCCAGCUGAGAGCAGCGUGGACUUGGACAGUCUGCAGACAGCCGCCGUGGUCUUUGAAGGACCCGCGCGAGAAGCUGCAAGCCAGUUCCCAAAGAAUGCCAACAUUGCUGCGGCUUUGGCGCUUGCAACAGUUGGUUUGGACAGGCUGAACGUCCGAUUGGUUGCCGAUCCUGCAGUGUCCGGUCCAACAAAUCGUGUGAUGCUGCGGGGCAGCUGUGGCCAGAUAAACCUAGAGGUGAAAGGGACACCGCUGAGUCAAAGAACUUCGAGAGUCGUGCCCUUCUCUGUCCUGAAGGCGUUGAAGAAUCUGUCAUCUCCGGUUGUGAUUGGCAUCUAG